AUGGGUGGUGUGGAGAGACAGCUCAGCCUUAAUGUCACAGUUGCAUCCUUCAUCCUGUUCGUCACGGGCUUCAUACAGUCCCGCAGGGACCCAGCCCUAGGUCUUCGCACCUUCACAAUCGGCCUGUUAUUCUCGCCGCGUAAUUUGAUCUGUGGCCUCCUUGCUGAAAUGCUGCUCCCAGUUCCCGACAUUCGGCCCAGGAUCCUCCAAAAGAUCAGCUUGCUCUUUCCAUGGCGACCGCUUCAAGUCAUUUUCGGCUGGUCAGCCCCUGAUCUUGCCGAGGCUUUGCGGAACAACCGCACACGCACGCUUGUAUGCCUUAGUGCUACCCGCUACAGCCAGGAGGAUAUGAGAGUCAUUUGCAGCGGCCUUCGUCGAAACACGAGCUGCCAAAUCCUACUUAUGAAGCUCGCGGCCCUGAGCAAUGAGCACGUGACACUCCUGGCCCAGGCGCUGCAGUACAACCAAGGCCUCAAGUUGCUGGAUGUCCGCGAGAAUGAUUUCGAUGACCAGGGGGCAGAGAACUUGGCAUUGGCAUUGAGGCACAGGCGGCUGCGCACGAACAGUGAAAUUCAUCUCUGGUAUGACACCCGACGAUUGAGCAGACAAGGAGGCAUGCACUACCUGGAGGCAGCAGGGCAUUGCCGCAGUGCUUUCAUGAGGUCUGUUGACCGGCUCUUCGCCUUUAGUGGCAUGUUCCCAUUAAUUGUAGUUAUGAUGGCCCCGAUUGCAUUUCUGACGCGCAAGAGCUCACGCGCUGGAAGCUGA